UUAUCAAAUGGUUGAACUUAGAUAUAAGGAAACCUCAAGAGCGGAUGUCAUAAGUCUUUUUCAUUCAAACAAACUACAAUUAGUUGUUAAUGAUAAAUUGUCUUCAAUGUUAAAAUGUAUUGUCUCGAUGACCGAUCCUCACAUAGGGGAGUAUUUUAUAUGCAAAAAAUGCAAACACGUUAUGUUGACGAGAGAAACAGCGCUCCAGCAUCGUGGGUGCAGGAAGAACGUACUGUUGGAAACCUUCAUACCAGAAGAGAAGAUAUAUUCUUGCAAGACAUGUGGUAGAUAUUUUGAUAACGAAGAGCAAUUUAAAAAUCACGAGGAUUUGCAUAAAAGAAUUGGCAAUCUCGACGUCACUAAAUUAAAACCCGUAAACCUUUAAUCUUUUUUUUUUUUGUCAUUUUUGUAAUAUAUUUAUUUUUUAUGAUUA